GAUUUUUGUUUGUUGGAGAGCUAUCCCAUUCUGUUAACUGCCCACACCUGAUUGCAAUAAUUAGCUAACAAAAAGAAACUUUCAUUCCUCAUAUAGAUCAACCAGCUGCAGGGACACUGCAACACAAAAUCACAACAUGAUGCAGAAAAUAGAAAAGGUGCAAGUUUUGGAGCCAAUUCAAGAGGAGACAGAGCCGGAAGAUGAAACUGUGGGAAGAAAAGAAGAGGAAGAAAAGGAGGUGGAAAAAGAAGAUGAGUUACCAUUUCAAGUGGGUGUAGAGACAGAGGAGGCACUGGCAGAAAAUGAAAGGGAAGAAGAUGAUGUUCCACUGAACGUUCGGAGACCAGGGAGGCGUUCUGGUUCUCGGAAAUUGGAGAGUUUGAUUCGGAUUCAGUUCAACGAACAGACGAAAGAAACUAAAACCUCUUCAGUGUCGGAUCCAAGCGCUCAUUCUACUGGUCUAUGUGAAGAAGCUGCACCUCUGCCAGUGUUUGGGUUUCCAAAACUAUGUGGCAAAAAUGUACAAAAUCAUAUCGGUCAAAGAGGAGACAGAGUUUAAGAUACAACGAGAUGCAGCAGGAGCCUUUUCCUCGGUGGCUUGUGAACCUGAUGGUCGACAUUGACGAGGCAACAACUCAUCAAUUGGUGGUUGAGUAACAUUUGACUUGUGAGAAAUGGGACUGCUUAAUGCAGAGUACAAGUUUCAGCUAAGUUUUCCUGUUAGGAUUGCCUCUGCUGGACUGUAAAUUUAGUUUGUGACACGUAAGCCCUUAAGUUAGAUUUUUGUUUGGCAACAUCAGGCACAUUGUUAGUGUCUUAGUUUGCUUAGCAUAAAUUGUUUCUAGUUGUUGAGCCAAUCAAUUAUUAAAAUGUUGUAAGUAUCAACAGAUACUGAUUUAAUUGCUGCAUUUACUGUGCCUUGUUUAUGUUGCAUUCUUUUUGGGACAAACGCAUAAUGGUCAGCAAACACGGAGUACCUUGUGAUGACUUAUAAAAACAUAAUCCAUAUUGGAAUGCCCACAAUUGGAUAAGUCUAAAAGGGAAUAGUGGGUAAAUUGCAGGUUUAUAAAGGUUAAACACUUAGAUUAGGUGAAAUCUUUUUUUGUUAAUUAUACCCAUUUCUGUUUAAGAACAACAUCGACAAACUUCCUUGUAUUGUUUUUUUGGGUCAAUUUAUGUGGUGAUAAAUAACACAAAGAAUCACAUAAUUAUGAAGGGGAAGGAAGAUGAGACAUGGUUGUCUAAAUGUUUUAAAGAUGGAACCUCAAAAGUAUGUAUUCAUAUGAAAUCCAUAUGAAUACAUUUCCACUGAGUGAAAUCUAAUUGAUUUGAGAAGUCAUCUGAUAAAUCAUUGGAAUACCUAUACAUGUAAUUUUAUCUGUUCUGUUGAAACCUCAGAGCUGUGUGCCAAAACAAAUGAUUUAAAGGUUACAACCAUUUGGUACGAGAUAUAGAAUGAUGACUACAGAACAGGUGUAGUAAUGGAGAAUAAUGGACGGCUACAAAAUGAUUAAAUCUUUCAAAUUAGAGGGCAGUUUUUAAAAACGUCUUGCACAAAAAAUUGUUUUGGUGCACAGCAAAAGAUGACCAUAGGCUGACACAUCUGUUAAUUGUCAAAGAUUGUUUUUGGUAAAUGCAUCUAUGAAAAAACAUCCAAUUAUGGUCCUUUUUCUGUCGACAAACAUGUUGUUAUUCUAGCAGACAAAUCAAUAUUGUCUUGCUUAUGCAACCCCUGAGAGGAGUGAUCCUAGUUAUCUGCUUUUGCGUGAUGGGAUGAACCUUCACCAGCAAGCCCAAAGGGAAAAAUAGUUUGUCAUUGCCAAAACAAUGUCACUGGACAAUCGGUCAGCAUUACUUCAAAAGAUGGCAGCCAUAACAAUGUUGUCCCACAAACAGAUCAUUAUAACCUUUGACUAACUCUUUAAAGUUUGGAUGUGGAGGUUAUUUAAUAUUUACGGAUUUAUCUAAGCAGUAGUACUCAAAAACUACUUUCACGACAUCAGCUGGAAAAGUAAAGCUUGUGCAGAGUUGUUUUUUAAGUAAAAUCUCUUUAUGUUCCAGUGUCAAUAUUUACUGCAGACCUUGUAAGCAUGGACCUAUGCACGUCACGCAGGGUCACCCACUGUUUGUGCUAUCUGUGUUAAAAAUGUUUCAUAUAUCUGGUCAAUGAUUAACUUCUCAAAAGGCCACAUCUCCAUACAAAUACAAGUGCUUCGCAUAAAUCUCAUAAGAAGAAAAGCUAGAGCUCUUUGGCGCACUUUUAAGAACCACAACUAAAAGCAAUGCUUGAAUUUUCUGAGAAGCUGACAUUUGUUGUGGCGGUGGCUCUGGCCGUCAUGGCUUUGGGGAGUUCAUCCCCAGUGGUGGGUCCUGAGCCCAUCCGCUGCGCUCCUUGUACGCAGCAGAAGCUGCGCGACUGUCCUGCAGUCUCUGCUGACUGCAAGCAAGUGCUGAGGGAGCCUGGCUGUGGUUGCUGCAUGGCAUGCGCUCUGGAGAAAGGUGCUUCCUGUGGUGUUCACACAGCCCACUGCGGUGAGGGGCUCCGCUGCACUCCUAGGCCGGGUGAGGCCAGACCACUCCAUGCCCUGACCAGAGGACAGGGAGUGUGCACCGAUGACGAGGGACAAGAAGCAGGAGAUGAAGUCCAAGAACAUGGCUCUGCGCACUUCCUGUUAGGACUUAACCUCCCCUCUGACCACCAAGACACUGCUGAGAUGCAUGAGAGCUUGAAAGCCAGAGUUAACGUCAUCCGCAACAAACUGGUACAGCAGGGUCCCUGUCAUGUUGAACUGCACGCAGCACUGGAUAUGAUUGCCAGCUCUCAGCAGCAAUUAGGAGAUAAGUUCACAACCUUUUAUCUCCCAAAUUGUGACAAGCAUGGCUACUAUAAACCCAAGCAGUGCGAGUCAUCUCUGGUUGGACCACCUGUUCGCUGUUGGUGUGUUUCUUCUUGGAAUGGGAAAAAGCUGCCAGGAUCCAGCGACCUUCUCGCCGAUGGCCAGUGCCAACAAGAAGUUGCUCUUUAAGAUAUUAAUUUACUGACAUGAACAUAUGAAACUGUGUUGAAUAACUUUACCUUUAAGUAAAUAUGUAAAACUAGCCUAAUGAACAAAAAAAUUUAAAAUCAUGUCAGGUGAAAAUGCCAUCGAUUUUUAUGAACAUUAUGUAUAACAUUAUUUAUUCUUUGAAGUAUCUCGCAGUUAUCAGUGUAUUUUUAAAAGCAUGUUUGCAAGUUUUUGGCCAACUGAAUAACUCCAUUACUCAAAAUAAUAGGUCUGCAACUCCACCAAAGUAAGUUUGAUUAAUUAUAACUUGCAAAAACAUAAUAGGCCAUUCAUUUAAGCUGUUGACCAUUUUCUGAAUAAAUGUUCACUUAUUCAAAGGGGAUUCUUAAAGUGGCACAUUCUGGCUGAGCACAAUUAUAGAGGACUAGCCAAGAUGCUGUACGUUUUUGCAUGCACUUCUCAUUUUGUCUACCUCUCCUUGCAUCUGCAGGUUCUUUGACUAUGAUUAAUGGUUGCAUUUGUUGUAUUUAUUCAUUUCUGUAUAUGAGUUUGUUGUAAAAAAAAAAUAAAGUAUGCAGUACA